AUGGACAGCUCAGAGGACCAAAACCAGACUUCUUUGCCCAGUGAAUUUAUUUUAAUGGGGCUAACAAAUCAUCCACAUAUAACAAUUGUACUUUUUGUUGCAUUUACCAUUAUUUACACAGUAGCUAUGAUUGGCAACCUACUUAUUGUUGUCCUGGUCAGAGCAGACUCUCGCCUCCACACACCCAUGUAUUUCUUCCUUUCCAACUUCUCCAUCUUGGAGGUGUGCUAUACAUCCACUGUGGUGCCCCAGAUGUUGUCUCACAUCCUUUCUGAGAGGAAGAACAUUCCACUUGUCCACUGUGCCAUGCAACUCUGCCUCUUCCUCUCCUUCGGGAUUACAGAAACUUUUCUUCUCACUGUCAUGUCAUAUGACCGCUACGUUGCUAUUUGCCUUCCUCUGCACUAUAGCUUCAUCAUAACCAAGCAAGCAUGUAUUGCAAUGGCCGCUGCUUCUUGGGCUGGUGGUUUCUUUUUUUCAGCUAUCAAUACUGCAAUCACUUUGCAACUUUCAUUUGGUGGCCACAACAAGAUAGACCAUUUUCUCUGUGAAAUGCCAGCCAUGAUGAGAGCAGCUUAUGCAGGAAUACAGCGAGCCAAACUAUGCAUGUUAAUUUCCUGUGUUUUCACAUUGAUUUUACCAUUUCUGUUAAUACUUGUGUCUUAUGCUCGAAUUCUCUACACCAUCUUUGACAGCCACUCAAAUGCAGGAAGACGUAAAGCCAUUUCCACUUGCUCUUCCCACCUGGCUGUUGUUACGCUCUUCUUUGGGGCUGUCUUUUCCAUGUACCUGAGACCAAAAUCCAGCUCUUCAAGAGUUAACACCAAAAUGUCCUCUGUAUUUUACAUUGUUAUCACUCCUGCACUCAACCCAAUUAUAUACAGUUUGAGAAAUAAGGAUGUAUUGCAGGCUCUGAAGAAAGUGAUGAAUUUAUCAAAGCAGAUUAACUAA